AUGCCGCGUCAAACGCACUCUACAACCGAUAAACAUAAACACUACCCAGCAGGAGAAGUCAAAGAGUCUGGAGACGCUCGCUUAGCGAGACUAGCAGGUCCAGCGAAGUUGCGAAGGCAGUCUUUGGCAGAUGCUUUGGCAGAAGUUGAUUUCCUGAAGCCAUCUGAAGCCUUGCACGCCUUGGGCCCCACCCUCGUUAUUGAAGGACAGCAAACGUGCCUACUUGGUGCUAUGGCACGGAUACUUCGGCUGCCAUGGGGCAGUUCCCAGGCUUUCCCUGGCCAUCUCUGGGCCGUGGUGCCGCCGUUUCGGUCCUUCGUCUACGGUGUUGGUCACUCGAGGCAAGCGGCAGACAGGGCGCCAGACUUGGACUUGCCAGCCCGAGCCCGGGAGUUGGCGGCGAAGGAGGCGGGGGAAGCGGGCGAUGAGGAGGCGUGGCUCGACUUCGAGGAACGGGCACUACAGCGCUGUGGUGCCUGGCGGGGUCCGGAGGUGGUCCAGGUCCUGCACGCAUGCGCAGUGGCACAAAGGCGGCCUAAGCGUUUGCUCGCGAAGCUUUCGAAGGACAUCCCCGACAAGCUGCCCCAGUUCGAUGCGUCUGCGCUGUGUAUUUGCUUGCACACCUUCGCACAGCUGCGCUCCCGAGACGCUUCCCUGUUCUCGGUGGUGACACGGCGCUUGCUGCAGCCAGAUCACAGGGAGGAGUUGGGCCCAUCUCAUCUCUCCUCGCUGCUUUAUUCGCAUGCGCGCAUCCUCGCUUUUGACAAAGGUCUUGUGAGGCUCGCGCAGAAGAGCCUGGCGGACGACCACCGUGCUUUUGAACUGGAGGACCUGGCGACAGUGCUUCAAGCAUUCGCGACGCUUCGUGCGGAGGACGUCCGCCUAUCCGGGAGCAGCGCACGCCUCGUGGCGAAGGCAGCGCCCGCAGCGCCGCUGCCGCUGCUGGCGGACCUUCUCGAGGUGAAGUGCCGGUGUCUGGCAGGGGUUGUGGAAGGUUUGAGGGGUUCAGGCUGGGGCCUCUGCUCUAUACGCGUGGAUAUCCGAGCCAACCUGUCAGAAUCUGAUAGUCUCAAUGAUUGUCGCGGGGGUGAUCUCUGA